AUCACAUCAGUGUGACGCCAUAUUGUUUAGUGACAAAUGUCAUGACGAAAUUGUUUAUUUAUCAAGUGUAUCGUCCUCGUGAAGUCGUGGCUUACGUCACAGUAUUAAAAAUUGUGACAUCAUGUUACGUGAAAAUAGACUUGUAGGGCAGGAAAAGCGUGAUCAUUCACAAACCGCGUAUUUCGAAUCGCGACUGUGCUACGAGUUUUUUACGAAAAUUUGAAGCGAUACAAAUUAUACAAAUUCCGUAUAUUUUCAUUGCAAGUAUAAUUUCCUUCGUUGUCAAACAAUUCUGUAAAAUCGUAUAUUGGAGAAAAUUGAAUUUGUGUUAUUUAUUUCCUUUUUCUUGACGCGCUAUCUACAACUACUUACAGAUUCAAAACAAUCGACAUUCGUGAGCAAACGUAAGCCUCUCGGAAGCUAAAACGAACGAUUUUGAAUUACGCUUGUAAGUGUAAACUAGUGUAAACGUUCAGUUCAAAGUGAUACAAAGCGAACGCACCUCUCUAGGCCAAGUGCGUUCUACCAAACAGGUGCUUUGACGUCACGUCGUCGCGUUCACACUCAUUCUAUCAAAAUGUGGCUACAGUCAGGGCCGAAUUAAAGUAUGGACUUCAGGGGCUACAGCCCAGGACCUUUGUCAGUCGAGAAACUUACGAUUUAUUAAUGUUUUUGAGUGAUUUAUUUUAGAGAAAUUUCAGUCAAAGGAAAUAUUUUAAAUUUCGAUUGUUUCCUAGCUUUGCAAAAAUCUAUUUGACUUUUCGUUAACUUUUUUUCCUUUUAAAAAUAUUACCGUGGGCCUUACAGUAUCAAUAGCUCAGGGGUCUACAAAAUCUUAAUCGGCGCUGGCUACAGUAGACCAUAUCAACUUGGUGAUUAAACUUCGGCUAUUUGAUAAUAAUUCGAAAGCCAACGUCGAAUCGUCGAUUCGAAUCGCGAAUUUACUGCUAGAAGCGUGCGGUUUGUUUGAAAUUAAAAAUCAUGUCUAAGAGCAAACUUCACCAUCAAAUUGACAGCAGUAUUGUCGCGGUGAAAAGCAAAUUUGAUGCUGACAUUAUAAGAUUUUCAAUCAACCGUAAUGAAGCCAUUAGCUAUGAGGAUUUUAGAAAAUUAUUGGCCGAACGACAUGAUAUAGGUCCAGAUUUGAGCUUUCUUAUUUGCUAUACAGAUCCAACUGAUGGUGAUUUAUUACCCAUUAAUAAUGACAACAAUUUAGCAAGAGCACUACUUGCAGCGAAGCCACUUCUCAGAAUUUUUUUACAAAGGAAGGGAGAUGGUUUAGAAGACAUAAAUGGAUAUAGGACAAUGAAACCAAAAAAUCUAAUAUCGAGUAUUCUUGGUGGCACACCUGGAAAACCAAAACCACUGGCUAUAUCUAAUCCACACGAUUUUAGGCAGGUAUCAGCAAUAAUUGAUGUGGACAUAUUACCAGAAACUUGUCGCCGUGUACGUUUGUUAAAACAUGGUUCUGACAAACCAUUAGGAUUUUACAUUAAAGAUGGAGAGAGUUUUCGAAUAUUGCCACCCUCUGCAGGAGGUGGUAUUGAAAAAGUUCCAGGUGUAUUUAUCAGUAGAUUAGUACCAGGUGGCUUAGCUGAAAGUACAGGUCUUCUAGCAGUAAACGAUGAAGUUCUUGAAGUAAAUGGUAUAGAAGUUGCUGGAAAGACUCUCGAUCAGGUGACAGAUAUGAUGAUCGCGAAUUCUUCGAAUCUUAUAAUCACAGUAAAACCUGCAAAUCAACGAGCAGCAUUAACUGCUCCAAGACGUGGGUCAUUUUCACGUAAUAGUCAAUUGUCUUCUGGAAGUCAUCAGUCUACACAGAGUGCUGCAACUGGUAGCGAUGAGGAUGCAGAUGAAAUUGUAGAUUUAACUGGUGUAACACUUCAAGAUGAUGCAGCAACUUCUACUUCUCAACAUCAUCACUACCACCACCAUCACCAUCAUCAAAAUCAUUUUAGUCACGACCAAGGUGUUCUACACUUAUAGAUGGUAUAUAUCACAAAUUUCAUUUUGUACAAUGCCAUGCUCAAGUGAAUACAAUUGGAUAUUCAUCUAUAAAAAGAAGAUAUUUAAAAAUAAGUAUAAAAAUAUAGCAUGACAAUAAGAAGCUGAAACAGUAGAAGAGAUGAAGCAUUACAAAGUCAUGUGGUUAUCAUUUUAUUAACCUAAUAAUAAUUUAGUUUAUUAUAACACAGAGCAAAACAAAUACGUGAUUUUUAUUGAGGUUAUAUUUUUACAAAACAUUUACACUAGUGCCUUUUUACAUUGAAAUCACUAUUUAUUACUAUGAAUUAAAUUGCUAUUCUCUUCAAAUCAAUCAUUUAAAAUUGAAAACAGUUUCCAAAGUUGGUACAUAUCGAGAAAUAUACUGAAAGUGCUUCAUAUAUUAAAUAAGUAUGUGAAAAAAUGACCAGCUUUUGAAGUCUGUACUUGUUCAGUGAUAUGUAUUCUAAAACUGCAAAACGAAACGAAUACAAUUAAGAGAAAAUGAUAAAAUUAGGCGCAUUAAUACUUUGUUUUAUAUUGUUCAUGUAAUAUUUUCUUUUAAUUUGAAAGAAAAGGAUUUCAAACGGAAAUUCCUCUUUAAUCGUUUUAUAUGAACUAGGUGAACAAAGUAUAGAUAUAUAUUCAAUUAAAAGAUAGUGAUAUGAAUAUUGACUGUGCAUAAAAGUAUUAUUGGAAGGCAGCAAUGUUUUUGAAGUAUUAAAAUAAUAUUUCUUAGUACUUAAUGUUCAAAACCUAAAGUGUACUUAAAUAAGAAUGGAAUGAGCUGUGGAAGAAGAUAAGAUUUCAAGUGUAAGAACUACUUAUUUUCAUCAUGAUCAUGUUUUACUAUUUUACAUAUUAAUACAUAAAUUGAAACAUGAUUUCUAAUUCCAUUUAUUAGGAUUUUAUUCAUCGCUUCAUAACGUAUUCAUUUUAUUUUAAUCAAUUUUGAUGAAUUUUGUGUGUAUAUACAGCAGAUAAUGAAAUUCAGUAACUUAAUUUAUCGUUAUAAAUAGAGGCCUUUAUUCAAUAAUGGAAGUGUAUAUAAUAAGAAUGUAAGAUGGUGAAAUGCUAAUAUAAACGUUUCAUUUUUAAUCAGACAGAAGUAAACAAAAAUUGAGAGUGGCCUUAUGUGUAGAUCAUUCCAAAUAUUUCUUUGCAAAUAUGCAAAAUAGGGAUUAUUCUAUUAUAAUCCAUUCUGACACGUCUAUUCGUGUAUGUAUUCUGUUUAUUCCACUGCAUGUUUAGAGUGUUAAAGUUUUUGAAUUUUAAUUCCAUUUUUAUAAAUGUUAUUUGUUGUCUAAUUGAGCACUAGAUAUUGAAGUAUAAUGUACUUUAUAAAUAUUAGGUAUAAGAGGAAUUUUAAAGGAUAAGAAACAUAUUUAUAUAGAUGUAAAAUAUUCUCUUUACAUAUCUGUGCCUUCAUAGUUUUGUCUAUGACUGUAAAAUUGGAUUGUGAUACAUUAUAUCGCAUUCCAUUUAUAUAGUAUUUUUAUAGUGCAAGAGAAAUACAGUGUCCCGCUCAUAUGUAUUAUUAUUUUUAAAAGAAACGUAUACAGCCUUUAUAGUUACAUUAAAAUAUUUUCAUUUUUCUUUAUAAACUGGCAAAGAUAUAUAGGUGUACAUACAAAAAUAAUCUCAUAAUAUCAUUAUAAAUUGACUUCAACCUUAAAAUAUUUUAAUUGUAAAACUAGAAAAAUAUUUUUUCAUGUUUACUGCAAUUAUUUUCAAUAUUAUUGAUUUUAUUUCAUAUUAAUUAUUCCAAAUAUAAGUGAUACAUACAUAAAGAAAUGAAACAAAGUAUUUCGUAAUAACGGUACAUAUUUGUCUCGUAAAACUUCGCGCACGGAAUAAAAAUUCUAUGUGUGAAGCAACAUAGAAAAAGAUAUUUUACAAAAUUAUGCCUGUGCUCAGAAACUAUGUACUCCAUUACUAUAAAUCGAUAGCAUUUUGUACUUAAAUAAAAUAUUUACGUAUUCAUAAUUAAAUGUAUUAUGUUCGUGAGUUUUUAAUUGAAAUAUAGUAAUUGUGCUAUAAUUCCUGUAUCUAUAUUUCAUAGCAUAUUAACGAGGUUUAUACUACAACUACAUUGUAUUUUGUUGUAACGUUGGUGUAAACUAAAACAUUACAAAAUAUACUACUUAUUUGUAAUAUUAUAACUCUUUUUAAUGGCAGCUUAUGAAAUAAAAUAUUUUAUUGUA